AUGGAACCCAAUAUCAAUCCUCCUGAUGAUUCAGGUCUUGGAGCCGGGUCAGAAGAAGAGUUUGAAGAUGCUCGUCGCGUGGAGUUAAUCAAUAUGAUCGCGGCAAAGCUUGAGAACCCAGAGGUCAGCACUUCCUUUUGGGCAGGCUGCUGGCUUUCAGAUAUCCAGGCCCUUGAGAGAAUCCAUGCUACUGAGGAACUUCUCAUGACCAUCCCAAAUGCAAGACAAUUAUAUGAAUCUGCCACUGAUCGUUCAGUGCGGAAUGGCGUGCUCAGCUGUGAGGCUCAGCCGAAAAAAAAUUUACCGGAGGACCAGAAUCUCCCGUGUCAACAGCGCUGCAGUGAAGCAGCUAGUGCAUGUUGUAUGAAGCGCGACCAGGAAAUUUGUGCCAUAACAGGUAAUGAUAUCAGGCCAGACAUCGCCCAUAUAUACCCGUAUAGCCUAAAUGAGAAGCGCACCUCUCGGCACAGAGGAUUUUGGGCUUUGCUGAAAACCUUUUGGAAUCCAGAGACAAUUCGGAGAUGGGAGGGGGAUAUCCUUGAGCCAAGUGGCACGGAGCAGUGCUGUAAUCUGCUUGCACUCUCUUCUGAUGUACACCGGUACUGGGGGGCUACUUUAUUCGCGCUGAAGCCACUAGACUUAAGUCAAGAUGGUACCAUUAUUCGGCUCCAAUUUUAUUGGAUCAAAAUCCAAAAAAACCCGCAGGCGAAAACGACCCUUUCCUCCCGCCCUUCACUCGCCAUUAACGGUGACUCGCCCGGUCCAGGAUUGUGCAUAUAUAGUGGCAACCUCGGGCGGCCGCUCAUGUCUAGAGACGUGAUCACCAUGACUACAGCCGAUGCUGACGCCUAUCCCUUACCCUCAAUAGCAAUUCUUGAAUUACAAUGGAAAUUGCAUAGAAUGGCUGCUCUUUGCGCUGGUGCUGGGGACGAAAGCGACGAUAACGAUGACAGUGACGAUGGCAAUAACAGCGACGAUGACGACGAGGAUCUAUACCCUGUAGAGCUCGAGCAAGAAGCUGAGCCCUCUCUCGAUGCCCGAUCUCCUCGCCACAAGGCCCGUGAGUUAUUACCUCUGACUACGCAGAGCGGAGACGUCCCUCGUGAUGAGGGAGAAGAGGAUGAUGAAUAUGAUUGGAUAGAUGUGAUUGGUGGCAGGUCUUAUGUCUAG